AUUCGCACUAGGACCACGCAGCUAGCGAGGCAAUAGCGCUGCAUUGUCUUUGUUCCUCCACUCAGAAUCUCUCCCCGUCUCUCUCUAUCCUUUCCUCUACUCCCAUUACAGUAUUACACGGGUCUGGAUGAUUGCAGAGACAGCAACAUGGCUGUGAAUCUCAGCAAGAACAGACUGGCCCUUCUAACAGCCUACCAGGAUGUUAUCAACGAGACCUCGUCUACCGACUGGGCCUUGUACACAUAUGAGGACAACAGCAAUGAUUUGACACUGGCAUCAUCAGGAGCUGGAGGUCUACCGGAGAUUACAGUGACCUUCGACAAUGCCAGGGUCAUGUACGGCUUCUGCAGCCUGAAGGAGCCCACGGCCGCACUGCCGCGCUACGUCCUCAUCAACUGGGUUGGUGAGGAUGUGCCUGAUGCAAGGAAGUGUCAGUGUGCCAGCCAUGUGGCUAACAUUGCAGAGUUUUUCCAGGUCAGUCUCACUGAGGGAGUCAACAUCAUCGUCAAUGCCAGCACCAUGGAUGACAUCGAACCAUCCGCCAUUGGACAGAGACUGACCAAUGGGACGACUUCGGUGGCCAGCCCCGUCCUCAGCCGUCUGAGAACCAGAGAGGAGGAGAACGGAGAGCUUGGAGUGGGCACCGUGUACACCAAGACCAAUGCAGAGAUCGAGAUGAAGAAGAUCAAUAGAGAGGAAUUCUGGGAACAAGCCAAGCGUGAAGAAGAGUUGAGAAAGGAGGAGGAGAGGAAGAAGGUUGCGGAGGAGAGGCAACGCUUUGAGGAGGAGAGGAUGGAGCUGGAAAGGAAGGAGCAAGAGGAUAGAGAGAAGAGGUACCGCGAAAGGGAGAGGCAAAUUGAGGAACACAGAAAGAAGAUGCAAGAGGAAGAGGAGGCCAAAGAGAGGACACGGAACCAGCCCCUCAUAACAGCAGAACCUAGCUAUGAGGAUCUGGAGAAAGAGAACAAGGAGACGGAAGUGGAGGAGGCGAAAGCCCUGAUUGCCCAGCGGGCGGACAAUCCCAGGGAGUUCUUUAAGCAGAAAGAGAAGGCUGUGACCACUGGUGUGGACGUCUCUCCUGUCUCUAUCCACAGGGCCGGCCGUUUGGACAGCCCGUUACCAGGCCGUUUGGACAGCCCGUUCUUGAAGCAGCAGCACAGUCCCAGCGAGCCCAGUCCGCCCCCCCUCUGCACCCCGCCACAUGCGAGGCUGCAGCCCACUGCACCCGAUGGUGAUGAUGAAGGGAGCUCAGACCACAGCAUGGGGACGUCCCCAACGCCUAUCCCUAAAAUAGUCACCACACCCAUCCAGGAGGCAGAGGACGACAGCCGGAACGAGUGGGGUGAGCCGAAGCAGCAGCCAGGCCCAGUCCAGGAGUCCACUCCCACCAAGCCCGUUCAGAGCGUGGCCCCCCAGACCCGCCCAGACUCCCAAGCCCCGUCCUCAACCUCGGACGACUACGACCCCUUCUCAGGUUUCAGGCCCCUUCCCGCACCCACUGCCGCAGACCCCCUGGUGGACCUAUGGGACAGCAGUCCUGCCACAGGCUCUGCCCCCUCCCAGGCCCUGCCUCCUGGAGGGCGAGUCCAGCCCCUGCUGAGCUUCGACGAGAUGGGAGACGUACCAUUCUACCCGGGGGGCCCCGGGGGUGCUGAGGACGAGCCCUCCAGCCUGGUGGAUGUGGCUGGGACCCACGAUAUGACCCUGAGCUACCAGCAUGCACUGCAGCAUGCUUCAGAUGACACUCAGCUGAUGACCAAUGGGGAGACGCUGCUCAAAGAAGGGACUCAGGCGAGCGAGGGUUACUUCAGCCAAUCGCAGGAGGAGGAGGACUGCUCUGCUAAAAUGAACCCGACGCCAGUGUUUUAUAACAAGCCACCAGAGAUUGACAUCACAUGCUGGGACACGGACCCUGUAAUGGAGGACAGCGACUAGACGAAGGCGGAGUAGAACAGUCCGGUGUAGGGAAGUAGAAACAACGCAUCAUCAAUGACCAAACUGUUUUUUAAAAAGUAAUAAUAACAAGUCUUGCAUUAAAAAAAAAAAUCUGUAUAAUGUUCUAGAAUAAAACAAAAAAAUGUUAGCCACCGAAAAGGUUGUCGAGUUAUUGUUAGAGAUGCUAAUUGGUUGAUGAUGAGCUCUUGUUUUUUUAAAUGUAUUUCUUAUAUUUCUCCUUAUUUGCUAUGUCGAGUAAAUAGCAGAGAGUGAGAACUACUUUCUUGCGUACUUAUAUACACAGCUCAGUAGCUCACGUCUGUGUCUUCUACAGCAGAUAUGACCCCUGUACCAGACAGGUAGCCUAUUAAAAGUUAGAGCAAACCCUUUUGUGAGCAAUCACAAUUAUUCCUACCACAGCCCCCUCCUCCUCUCUCCCCCAACCCUGGGCCCCACCUUCCACCCUCCCUAGUGCCAAGAGUUGCCCUGCUCUGGCCCUUUCCCCUGAGGCCUAGGGGACCUAACCUCACCCCCCCCCCCCCACACUUCUGGGUAGCUGGUUGGGGAUAAAAGUGGGCACGGUGCCUGGGGGAAGGGUGAGGGGGAUCAGAGAGGAAAUGGUGCCAAGUGUAAUCCUGAAUUUUUCAAUGUGUCAGUUUGGCCAUGGGACCUUACUCGUAAUCCACUGUAGACAGAUAGAGGAGGAGCGGGGAACCAGACAAAGGCAUGGCGGACAUCAUAGUACAGGCUGGGAUAGCAGUACUAUUGUACUAUAUCAUAGUAAAACCCUCAAAUAUAUAUAUAUAUGUGCAAGUCACUUUGAAAAGGAAUAUCUAUCGUAGUUUCUUAUUGUUUAUUGUUGGCAUACACACAUUUCCCCCUAGUCAGUUUUUCUGCUGGGAAAGUAUUAGUGCUAUCCCAGAAUAAAAUCAGACUAGAGGAGAAUGUGUGUAUUUUUUACUACCUAUUAAAAGUGUACUAGGAAUUAAUAUUCAGGGUCUUUGAAUCAUGGCCAUAGCUGUAGUCUCGUUUUGUUUCGUCUCCAGUGAAAACUAGGCAAUAACUAUAUCUAGAGUACUCCGAUGGGAACGAGGACAUUCGUCACACGUUGUGGCACUAUGAACGGAACAGUGUGUCUUGUGCUGAGGUUGUUGGAGAGCUGCCACACUAGUCUCUGCUGUAUGACAUGAUACCCUUCUUUUCAGUAGACACAAAUUCACUAUUUUUUGCAUUCCAUCUGUUUAAAUUUCCCUCGUCCUUCUUUUAAAAUGAUGUAGUUCACAUGCACGCCCCCUUGAUGGCCUCAGAGGCACUCUUGUAAUUCUACCAUUGGGACUAUGUUGUUUUUGCACAGGUCUCAUUCCCUGCUUGACUUUCACCCAGUCAUCUCAGUUCUGAUUUCACCCCUAAAUGAGAAACAGUACAGUAGACUAGCUUUGCACGUAGGCCGUAGAAAUGAUUUUGAUCAUCAAGACUCAUUAUCCCCUUUAUUAAUGUUCCAAUGUUUAGAACAGAUGAUUAUUGACACGCCCCCCCCCCCCCCCCACACACACACACGGCUUGGGGACUGUCUGUCUGUCUUCCUUCACAUGAUCUAGAGGUUGUUUAUUAUUGUUACUGUUCAAGGGUAGUUUCAUUUCUGAGAUUCCACACCUCUGAUCUGAUUCUAAAUAAAUCCUGUCAUUCGUAUUCAUAGAGAUAUAACAAUAUAGAACUGUUCUAUCUCUCUGUUCUUACCACAGAGUUCUGAGUGGGAACCAGAAAGCAAUAAGAAAAAGAAAAAAAAACAAUGUCGUUUUUUUGUCCUGUAAAUAGUGUUUGAUAUUUAGUAAUAUACAACUAAUGAUCGACUAACACUUUUUUGGGGGGGUUAUUGUGGCCCUUAUGAUUAUGACACUUUGAAUUGAGGCUUGUUGUGGGAUUGAGUGAGAUUUUUAAAUGAAGUUUCUUUGAAGAGAGAUUUGAAAUGUGAGUCGUGGUGGGAUUCCAUAUCCCUCGCAGCCUUUUCCGUAUAUGAGAAUCACCUCAUGCUUGGUAAGAGCCGACCAACCUGCAUCUUUAGCAGUAACUGACACCAUUUCCACAUAAUUUCAAUGUAUACCUCUUCACUCUGAUAACCUCCUGGUUAGUGAUUAUUAUUCUCUCCCUACUGCACUACUAGGAGACUACUACUCUACUACUACUCCUAAUACUCGCCCCAAAGCAAGGCUUAGCUGUUCCUUGGCUUUACUGAUCUCUUUUUAUUUAAAAGAUAGAAAUAAAAAGAUUCUCUUCCCUCUUUUGCGUCCGCUUCUCACACACUGUUUUUUUUUUUAAAUAAGCGCAAGAUCUUUUGUGACAUGCUAGGUGCUGAUGUAUGUUAAUAAAAGACUUAAAAACCUCCAAA